CUCAACUUUUACCUAUUUAGUUAGAACCGGGUGCAAUGGCCAAGCUAAGCAUCACUAUGUUCAGCUUGUUUGCAAUUCUACUAGUGCACAGCCAUGCUAAGAUUAUUGUAACUACCAUUGAUACUCCAACUCCAGCACCACAGCCUAACUUGCCCAUGAAUGGCACCACUGAAGGUAGUCUUCAACCAGAAGAAUGUGGACCUCGUUGUGCAUAUCGAUGCUCAAACACACAGUACAAGAAGCCAUGCUUGUUCUUCUGUCAAAAAUGUUGUGCCAAAUGCUUGUGUGUGCCUCGUAGUACCUAUGGAAACAAAGAAGCAUGUCCAUGCUAUAACAACUGGAAGACCAAAAGAGGAGGACCCAAAUGUCCUUAAAAGUUGAAACUUUCACAAACUUUGCCACCAAAUCUUCCUUGUACUAAAUAAUGUGUCUUUGUUUUUGUUCUUCCCCAAGGAAUAAGAAAAUUUUC